GUGACAAAUAUUUUAUUUUCUCGUUACAACGAGACAAAUAUUUUAGGGUUUUGAAGAGUCUCCCUCUCGUUGCCGUUCUUCUUCCAAUCAACGGAAAUGGGUUUCUCAGCGAUUUGGAAUUCUCACCCUAAGAAGUACGGCCCUGGAUCUCGCACAUGCCGUGUUUGCGGGAACUCCCACGGGUUGAUUAGGAAGUAUGGUCUGAACUGCUGCAGACAGUGCUUCCGCAGCAAUGCCAAGGAGAUUGGCUUCAUCAAGUACCGUUGAUGUGGCACCAACCAGUUCAUGUUGGAUGCUUAUAAUAUACACAUGAUGGCAUCGAUGGAUUUUCCUUUGGUCGUCUUUCUAGUUUUGAUAUUAUGAAUUGAGAAUCUUUGUUUUACUUAUUUAUAUUUAAGUUGUUGAACCUUUCCCAAAGAUAGUUGUUGCCUUGUCUUAUAAAGCCUCAUGUCUUUGUUCUGAAGGUUGAAUGAUGAUGUUUGUCUUAGUAUUUUAUUGCUGUUUUAUUAGUCUACUAGUAUUAUACCCCGUGCAUAGCA